UAUAACAAAAAAGAGUUGUAAUAUUCACAUAACUUGUUAUAGCUACGAAUUAUCUGGCAGCAUUUGUUUGGCGAAAGAAGCCAACAAGCGCGGUGAUUUUCAUGAUUGUGGACUGAUAUUAAACACAUUCUAAUUACAAUUACAAUAAUAAAGUAAUAAAUAAAUAAUAAAAAGUAUUAAAAACAUUAAAGAGCAGCAGUCAAAUUCUGCUGCAUUGUUUCCGUUUCGGGUGGAGGUUGUAGGAUUGUGUGCAACUAAUCUUGUUCCACCAAGGAAAAUCGGUAUAAAACGUGAGACAACCGCUGCAAAAUAUACCAAAAAGAGAAGUUGCUUAACCAAGAGCAGCUGCAUAUCUUUUAGAACACAUGAUUACUGCCCAACUUUGAGAACCAACGCAACCAAUACCUAACCACUUCCAAUUUUUCGAACUUGCUACAACAAAAACGCCACAAGAUCACCAUCAAAACUCCGCAACACUUGACAGACUCCUCAGCCGCCUUGAGCAGUCGUAACAACAACAACCGUAGUUCCAGUUCCUCUCCUGCAACAGCAACACAUUUCUCAUAUUCAGCAUCGAGCAGCAACAGUAUGACCGAUUAUAGCGAUUUGGAUCGCCAGAUUGAGCAGCUGAAACGCUGUGAAAUAAUCAGAGAAAAUGAAGUAAAGGCACUAUGUGCCAAGGCCCGCGAAAUACUCGUUGAAGAGGGAAAUGUGCAGCGUGUUGAUUCGCCAGUCACAGUGUGUGGUGAUAUUCACGGACAGUUUUAUGAUCUUAAAGAAUUAUUUAAAGUUGGUGGUGAUGUACCCGAAAAGAAUUAUCUAUUCAUGGGAGAUUUCGUCGACCGGGGUUACUAUAGUGUCGAAACAUUUCUGCUGUUAUUAGCGCUUAAAGUACGUUAUCCAGAUCGCAUCACAUUGAUACGUGGCAACCACGAAUCACGCCAAAUCACACAAGUUUACGGAUUCUACGACGAAUGUUUGCGUAAAUAUGGAUCGACGGCUGUUUGGCGCUAUUGUACCGAAAUCUUUGACUAUCUCAGUCUUUCGGCUAUCAUUGACGGAAAGAUAUUCUGCGUGCAUGGUGGCCUGUCGCCUUCAAUACAGUAUUUAGAUCAAAUAAGAACGAUUGAUCGCAAGCAAGAGGUACCUCAUGAUGGACCCAUGUGUGAUUUAUUAUGGAGUGACCCUGAAGAUCAGACGGGUUGGGGCGUGUCACCACGAGGAGCUGGCUAUUUAUUUGGUUCAGAUGUUGUGUCGCAAUUUAACCGCACCAACGACAUUGAUAUGAUCUGCCGCGCCCAUCAAUUGGUCAUGGAAGGAUUCAAAUGGCAUUUUAAUGAGACUGUACUAACGGUUUGGUCGGCGCCGAACUACUGUUAUAGAUGUGGAAAUGUGGCAGCAAUUUUGGAAUUAAAUGAGUACCUGCAUCGAGACUUCGUCAUUUUCGAAGCCGCGCCUCAAGAAAGCAGGGGUAUACCAUCUAAAAAACCGCAAGCCGAUUAUUUCCUCUAAAAAGCACUGGCAAUCUGAUCAAAUUACUGGACAUCAACUCAAAUUGACAUUUUGCGGACUAACUAAUGCAGAGAAACGUUUAUACGAUAUUGCACUGGAGGGAAUAUCAAAUUUCCGGACCUGUUUAGAAAACAACUAGCAACAUUUUGUUAGUAUUUUUACUUCUCUUAGCCUAUUUUACUUUAAGUUAUUUGAGCGUACUUCCUAUGUUAGAACAAAAAUCCUCUUUUAUUUGUCAACACACACUUACCUUUGGAGCAUUCAUUUAAACAACAAAUUCAACCUACUGCCCGUGUUAUGCUUGAGUAUCGAAGUUUUCAAACAAAUCGAAAAUAACGUUGGCGCCCACGGUUAGUUAAAGCGGUGUAUGUUUCCGAUUACUCAGUAGUAUAUACAUACAUAAACAAAUUGUGCGCAAUUUAUACAAAGUUCCAUGAUAUUGAAAUAUGUAUUGCUGAAAGUCGUACCAUAAUAAUAGUAAUUUCAUAUACCGAUAUCAUUUUUUAAAUAAGAAUUAAAACGUAUAGAAAGUAAAACCUUGAAUGUAUUGUAAAUUGAAAGAACAAUAUCGAGAAAUUACGUCACAUGAGUAGUGCAAGGAGAUGAAGCUAAAUUUAGUCAUAUGUAACUGCCACAGCUCGUAAUUUGUCUCACUUUUUACUGAAAAGGCGUUUUUUCCAUUCAGCGCCAGAGACGCCAAAAAUAAAAGAAGUGAAAUCUGGUGUAAAAAUUGUAGUUUUGUACAAAUAAAACACACAAAAACAAAACCAAAAUUACAAAGAACUAUAAAUGCAGGAAAUAUUUUACAAUUUUGUUAUAUGAGUCUUACAAAUGACGCAGUGUAGUUUGUGAUUUGUCAGAAAACAACUUGCGGCCCUGUCAGUGGCGUGACACUCUUAUGAUGCUAACUGGCGACGUUCCGUAAAUAACACAAUAUUUUUCAAUUAAAUGUAUCAAGAGUCGAGGAUUGUAAUUAUAGUGUUGAUUAUUAUAUUGUGAACACGAUGAACUAAAGUAAACGCAAGCCGUAAAAUUAUAUGAAAUAAAUUUAAA